AUGAUGUCUGAAGUUCCAAGAGGCCAUCAAGGCGCCCGCGCUUCACAUAUGUCAGGUGGCGCUUGCCACGGCUGGGUUCGGCACUGGGCCCAUUCCUGGGACGCGACUUAUUUGUCAAACAAUGCUGUUUUCCGAUAUGUCCCCCUUCAAGCACCUACUCGACUCGUUCCGCGACAAAAAGAAGACAUCGGCGCUGGUGCACAAGACGUGUCACCUCAUCCACGCCUGUUCCAAAAGCGAGCCGUAGACGGCGGGUGG